CCCUUUGUGCUGCUGCUCCAGAGCUGCCCUCAGCCAGGCGGCGGCUGCGUCACCGCCCGGGCUCUGCGGCCGCCCAGAGUCAACCCGCGGAGGGAGAGCCGCCGCCUCGCCCCCCGCUCCGCCAUUGCUGCGCGGGCCGCGGCGGAACGACGCCUCGCCGCCCCCCGAGGAAGGGCCGGGAGCCGCGGCGCAGAAAAUCCCUCUAUCCUGGAAGAAUGGUGAAACUGGGGAAUAAUUUCAGCGACAAGAGCACAAAGCAGCCCCUUUUGGAGGAUGGAUUUGACACCAUCCCCCUGAUCACACCCCUGGAUGUCAAUCAGCUCCAGUUCCCACCUCCUGAUAAGGUUGUGGUCAAAACGAAAACAGAAUAUGAACCUGAUCGCAAGAAGGGAAAGUUCCGUACUCCUAAAAUAGCUGAAUUCACAAUCAGCAUCACUGAAGGGGUUUCAGAAAGAUUUAAGGUAACUGUGCUGGUCCUUUUUGCCCUUGCGUUCUUAACAUGUGUUGUAUUUCUGGUAGUCUACAAGGUUUACAAGUAUGAUCAUACCUGUCCAGAAGGAUUUGUUUUCAAGAAUAAUCAAUGCAUUCCAGCUGGGUUGGAAAACUACUACUCUGAACAAGACUCCAGUGCUCGAGGGAAAUUUUACACAGUCAUAAACCACUACAAUCUGGCCAAACAAACCAUCACGCGCUCAGUGUCCCCGUGGAUGACAGUACUGUCAGAAGAGAAACUAUCUGAACAGGAGACUGAAGCUGCUGAGAAAUCAGCUUAGUAUGAUAAGCUAAUUAUUAACACUGUCAUUGAAGGUAACUAAGGGACUUUAAGGAACUUUUCAUUAAAUAUAAUUAUGGAUAAUUUAGAGGUUACUCAUGUUUAUGGUGCAAUUGCUUCUGUUUGCUGAUACUGCUUUGCAAAAAAAAUAAAAACAAAAACUUGCUGCAGAACACUCAUGGGCAUAAAACAAGGUGCAUAUCAGCAUUGCUUUAGAGCUUUGACACCAUUUUCAAUGUUAAAAAAAAAAAUCCAAUGUUAGACAUGUUCUUGCAGUUUAUUGGAUACUGACAGAUUUCUUCACUGGAUUUUCAGGGCUUAGACCUUAGAUAAAUCAUGUGUUCUGUUGUCUGAACUGCUACUUUAUUUAUGAAUAUUUUUUAUUCUUUGUCAUUUUGCAAACUGAAACACCCCAGCCAUAACUAGAGUGAUCUCGUUUAGCUGAAAGCUAUAUUAAAUACUUAGUUUUGGCUCAAGCAAGAAUGAUAGUCAGCAUUGAUGUCAAGGGCAUAAUGUAAUGACUUGUGUGGAGAAAGAAACUGUCAGGUAGCAUUUUUCUUACAUUUUCUUUACUGUUGUUUAUUUGUAAGUGAUAAUGAAGUUCUCUGCAACAAGGCAUGCUCAAUGUUUUAUUAUUGC